CUGCCAUGUUCCGGUGCAACAACAAGCUGAUCGGCGCCAAGGCGUUCUACGGCGGGUUUCAGCGGGCCAGCGGCAAGCCCGCGCUGACCAACGACUGGCUCACGCCGAGAGAUGCGGACGGGCAUGGCACGUGGUGCGCGGGCGCGGCGGCGGGGAACCCGGUGGGGCUGCAGGGCGGCGGGCAGGUGAGCGGCAUGGCGCCGGCAGCACGGAUCGCGGCGUACAAGGUGUUCUGGACAGACCGCAGCAGUGGGAACAUGUACGCGGACGAGUCAGACAUCAUCGCAGCCGUCAAUCAGGGCGUGUCGGACGGCGUGGAUGUGCUGUCGCUGUCCCUGGGGGGCUUGGAUCCCAACGACAACUAUUUCAACGACUUGGCUUUCAUGAGGGCCAACGCUGCCGGGGUGUUCGUUGCCUUUGCUGCUGGUAAUGCCGGCGCCCCUGGCCGGUCGCAGGGGGCUGGUUACCGCACAGUGGCGAAUUUCGCCCCCUUCUUCCUGACUGUGGGCGCCAGCACCAUCGCUCGAGGAGCGUCUCUGGCUUCGGCAGCAGCAGCAGCCGGCACUCAGUCGCUCCCCCUCAGCGCCAUUGCCGGUGCUGGCAGCACCAACAACACUGUCAGCUGCAACGGCACUGGUAGCGGCAACAGCACAGGGAACGGGACUCUGCCUGGCGAUGGCAGCGCCAUGCCUGGCAGCAACUUCAGCUCUGGUGACGGCAGCAGCCUCACUUUCACUGCAGACGGCGGCAUCACCUUCACCACCUCCUCCUCCGCCGCCUCUGUGGUUGCCGACUUCUCGUCCCGCGGCCCCCUCCUGCCGCCCUCGGCCACGGCGCAGCCCCCCCAGCCUGGCAAUGCCAUCCUCAAGCCUGACAUCAUCGGCCCGGGCGUGGACCUCCUAGCCGCCGCCCCCGGGAAGAAAAUCGGCGAGACCGGGGGCCUUGCCCGCCUGUCGGGUACCUCCAUGGCCACCCCGCAUUUGGCAGGGCUAGCUGCUCUAAUCAUCCAGAAAUAUCCCAACUGGAGCCCUGCGCAGGUGAUGUCAGCAAUGAUGACAACGGCGCGGGUGACUGACACUGCCAGCAGCCCCAUCAAGAGCUCCACCGGCGGGGAGGCGACCCCCUGGGAGAUGGGGGCAGGCCAUGUGUUUCCCCCGGCCAUGCUGGACCCCGGCCUCACCUAUGACGCCCGCGACAAAGACUACCAGAAUUUCCUGGCCGGGCAGGACCUGACCCGGGCAAAGAGGGAGUUCCCGGGGGUGUCGCUCUCCCCUCUGGCGGUGCGCAAUCUGAACCUCCCCACCAUCACUCUGCCGCGCCUGCAGGGCUCCAUUCAGGUGACUCGCACCGUCACCAACGUGGGAGGGUCCCAGUCCACGUACAGCGUAUCUGGGAAUGCGCCGGCGGGGGUGAAGGUGACUGUGGCGCCUAAGAGCCUCACGGUUGAUGCCGGGCAGAAGGCGAGUUACACGAUGACGUUCACCGUGGAUACACCCAGCAACGACUUCAAGUACGGGUAUAUAGUGUGGGCGGAUAACCAGGGGCACAGCGUUCGAUCCCCCCUCGUGGUGCAGCCCCUUUCGCGCUAAGGGACAGGGUAGGGUGGCUCUUUAGUGGGGUCUAUGAGGGUACGCGGGGUGCAUCUCUGGCUGUAACCAGUGGGCGCAGGAAGCUCGAGGCGCUUUCACGUUGAUUUGGCUGGUGUAUGCAGCCCUGGCUGCAGCUGGUUGAGAGGCCCCCUCUUUCUGGAGGGUAUCAUUGACGGAUCACGUGCUACUCCUCCUGCCACAUGGCAUGGAGGCCGCAUGGCAUGGUAGGGCACACGGCAUGAGAGUUGAUGUGGCCGCUCGUUGUGCAUAGCGUUAAUUAUUCUGUGUGUGAGAGAGAGCCGGUUAGGGUACUGUACAGGGUGAUGUGGCGUUGACUCCCUGUUUGCGCUCUUGUAUUUAUCCAAC